UUUGUGUGCCCGUCUGUGUGUGUGUGGCCGACUCCCCCACCUUUGGUUUUUUUCCUUUUAGUUUUUUCUUGAUUGUCUCGAGUAUCUUUUGAACGAGGGUCUCUCUGCACAAUACUCUGUAGAGAAUCUGCUUUUGUUAAUGUAGAGUAUCCUAUUUGGGGGAUGCUAUUGAGUUUUCCACCUACCCGCAGUCGUACACCAAGCACAACAUUGACGAGUAGUACAACAACAACAACCACAACAACCACAACGACGACGACGACGACUACAAAGACGUUGGAACCGACGACGCAUACGCCGAGUCGGAUAUCACUUUCUUGUUACAUUCCUCCACCGCCUCCACCAGUAUUGGGAGAUUCGACCGUCGUGCCACCCUCGCGGAAACAACGGGGUCGGGAUGCAAGUGGGUCGGGUGGAAGGGGAAUAUUAGCGUGGUUAAAAGAUGGGAAAAGGAAAGAGGAGGAUGGGAAAAGAUGCGAGUUUAGGUCGUUACCGCAGGGUGUAUCGCUUCAUGCUGUACAAGAGGAAAAUGUCCAUUUGGUGAGACAGAUUAAUUCGGUCGUGUUUCCUGUGAGGUAUAAUGACAAGUUUUAUCGGGAAGUGGCUGUUGUGCAUCCGAAAGAGUUGAGUUGUUUAGCAUUUUAUCAUAAUACACCUAUUGGUGCUAUCUGCUGCCGAAAAGAACCUAUCUUAACCCCAGAAGGCACACCCACCGGUCUCUCAAGGAUCUACAUCAUGACACUAGGAGUCCUCUCACCCUACCGACGACUCCACAUCGGCUCCGCAUUACUGAAUCGAAUCAUACGACACGCGGUGGGGGAUACGAGUGUAGAGCAAUUAUGCUUGCAUGUUCAAACGACGAAUGAGGAGGCUUUGAGGUUUUAUGGGCGGCAUGGGUUUGAAAAGGUGUGUUUAUUUGAAGGGUAUUAUGCGAGGAAUCGGGGGGUGCAACCCCCUGAUGCGUGGUUUUUGAGAAGGAGGACGACGAGUGAUGAGGAGGGAGGAUAGAUGUGCUGUUACGUGCGAGUUUUUUAAAUAAAAAAAAAACGAUUGUCGUUGGCGGAGA